GCACUUCCGGGGUCUUCUCCAUACGUACAUCCGUUUUGGCGAACAGAUUUCCCGUCUCGUUUCCCUGAUUCAUCCCCCAAAUUGGCUGCCUGGCCUCAGCGCUCGCUCGUCUCUACCUGACCCUCCAGCAGCUGUAAAGUCCGGCCCGGCUGCAGUCAUGCGGGUGCUCCUGCUGUUCGCCGUCACCGUGCUGUCUCUGAGCCCGGCGGCAGUAAGCGGAGCUGAGAAGAAGAAGCUGCAGAUCGGCAUCAAGAAGCGGGUGGACAACUGCCCCAUCAAGUCCCGCAAGGGAGACGUGUUGAACAUGCACUACACGGGCAAGCUGGAGGACGGCACCGAGUUCGACAGCAGCAUCCCCCGCGACAGACCCUUCACCUUCACCCUGGGCACCGGCCAGGUGAUCAAAGGCUGGGACCAGGGCCUGCUGGGCAUGUGCGAGGGCGAGAAGAGGAAGCUGGUCAUCCCCGCCGAGCUGGGCUACGGAGACCGGGGAGCUCCUCCGAAGAUCCCCGGCGGAGCGACGCUCAUCUUCGAAGUGGAGCUGCUGAGCAUCGAGAGGAGAUCCGACCUUUGAUGAAGAGGAGACGGCGAAGAAGGCAACUUUCAGAACGUUCCAGGAGCUGCUGCAGCAUUAAGUGCAGGAAUCUGACCUCUGAUGAAGACUAAAUGUUAAUUCUGGGAGUAGAGAUGGCAACCCCACUGUCCUCCUCUGGCUGGCUGUUGUGCUCUGGUUUAGUGAACUAAUGAUAUUACACAAUACAAGAGCUGACUGUAUGUCUUUGUUAAACAUUAGCAGAAUUGAAAGCGAGCAGCUGAGACCAGUAUUUGGCUGCGGGCUGACGGUGUAACGUCACGUCUGUGCCGUUUCAUGUCACUGUUGUUUUUCAUUUUUCUGUUAUUUCUAAGCAGGGUUAUUAAUAUCGCUACAUUCUUUUCACACACACACAAAACACAUUGUAUGUUUGUUAAGUCGGUUGCGGGUGGGUGAUGGAUCAGGUUGAAUGAUUUUGUUACUUUGAAUAUCUGAAUUAUAAUAAAAUGUUGACCUUUCUGGAA